AGCUAUCAUUUUUCUCGACCGGAGAGUGUUGAGAGAUGGAUUUCGAAGAGAAGGACAUGCUGGCAUGCUGCGGCAGCACCAAGUUCGUCCGGGAAAUGGUUUUGGCGUCUCCUUUUGCUUCCUUGGAUCUCGCCGUCUCCGCCGCCAGGGACAUCUGGUUCAACAAGGUUGAUGUUUCUGGUUGGCUGGAAGCAUUUGCGGCUCAUCCCCAGAUCGGAGAAUCCUCUUCUUCCAACACCACCAGUGCUGGUUGGAGUAGGGGAGAGCAGUCGACUGCUGUAGCAACUGCUACUGAUUCUAGCUUACAGGAAUUAGCUGAGUGGAAUGCUCGGUAUAGGCAAAAAUUUGGCCACAUUUUUAUAAUUUGUGCUUCUGGGAGGAGUACUGAUGAAAUUCUUGCUGAAUUGAAGAAACGAUACUCGAACAGGCCUAUCGUUGAGAUAGAGAUUGCAGCCACCGAGCAGAUGAAAGUAACAGAAUUACGUUUGGCAAAACUCAUCUCUGCUAAAGCAGAAGCUGCUUCAAAAGGAGACUCUUAUCCAACGGUUGAUACAAAGAAAGCAGAAGGUUUAUUUAUUUAUUUAUUUAUUUAUUUUGCAUUUUGGUUUUCUUUUUAAUCACCUUCCCUUGAAACUGCGGUUUUGUGCCCUUUUGAAAGUGAAAUUCCACAUCUUAGUUUUCUCUUCUGCAACUUUUAUCUUAUUCUUUUGCUUCUGAUUAUGCAGCCCCAAUUUAGGGCUUCGCUGCAUGCAGUGCUAACAUUUCUACUAAUCCUGCAUUUCAUAUUUCUCUUCCCCACUUCACUUUCUUAAAAUCUAGAAGAUCGUGUAAGCAUAAUUGGAGCACAUAUAACUGCUGCUUCAGAAGCUUUGGCUGGAAAACCACCUCAAGUUCCUAGUCGAACCCGUCCACCCAUUACAAGCCAUGUCUUGGAUGUAGCUCGGGGGUAUCCAGCAGCUGGUAUCGAGGUUAAUCUGGAAAUGUGGAAUGGCAACCAGGCCCGUCCCCAGUUUGGCAAGACCGACACAAGUGGUUGGAUACUUCAAGGAUCUUCAACCACAGAUAAAGAUGGACGCAGUGGCCAACUUAUGAAAAUGGUUGAUGCUUUGACCCCAGGAAUAUACAGGAUAAGUUUUAACACGGGUAAAUACUGCCCAAAUGGCUUCUUCCCUUAUGUUUCAAUUGUAUUUGAAAUCAGAGAAUCACAAAAAUGGGAACAUUUUCAUGUUCCUCUGCUCCUUUCACCAUUCUCAUUCUCCACGUACCGUGGAAGCUAAAAUUUAUGCCAUGCCCAUCAAUCAACCAGGAACCUUCUUUGCUGUAAUUUCUUUGGAAUGCUGAAGUUAUCAUGUUCUUAACUGAUUGCAGAUUGUACACUACUUAUAUUUAAUAAUAAUGAGACUAUGGGUGC